CCUGGCCCAGACUGCCAGCCCUGACAGGACAGAGCCAGGGCACCCACCAGGCUGCGAGAACAGCUCGGGGUGAGCACCCCCCACCUCGGGGUCCAUGUGCCCACCCCAGGCCCAGGCAGAGGUGGGCCCCACCAUGACCGAGAAGGCAGAGAUGGUGUGUGCCCCCAGCCCAGCGCCAGCCCCACCCCCGAAGCCUGUCUCGCCUGGGGGCCCCCAGGCGGAGGAGGUGGGCUGGCGAGGCGCCUCGCCCCCCAGGCUGCCCCCUGGUGUGCCAGUGAUCAGCCUGGGCCACAGCCGGCCCCCGGGGGCAGCCAUGCCUGCCGCGGAGCUGGGCACCCUGCGCCCUCCCCUGCUGCAGCUCUCUGCCCUAGGAACUGCCCCACCCACCCUGGCUUUGCAUUAUCACCCUCACCCCUUCCUCAACAGUGUCUACAUUGGGCCGGCAGGACCUUUCAGCCUCUUCCCUGGCAGUCGGCUGAAGCGGAGGCCAAGCCACUGUGAGCUGGACCUGGCUGAUGGGCACCAGCCGCAGAAGGUGGCCCGGCGGGUGUUCACCAACAGCCGCGAGCGCUGGCGGCAGCAGAACGUGAACGGGGCCUUCGCGGAGCUCAGGAAGCUGCUGCCGACGCACCCGCCCGAC